UAGAAACCAAGUGCAUAUAGUGUGUGAGCAAGUGAGAGCUCCUCUCCUUCACCGUGCUGUGUACUGCCUGACAGGGGCAGAGACAGCACCGAGCUGUAACAAUACAACAAGCGAACCCCCAUCACAUCCCUGAUCACCAGUAAGGAAAAUACAGAAGAAACAUGGCGUUUGUGGGCAAUGGCACGGAGAAUGAAGCUGCAGCUGACGAGGAAAAUUUUGAAGAUGCCUUUGAAAAUAUCCCAGUGGCGUCCAAAAUGAACCUCCGGAAUUCUCUGGAAGAAUGUACAAUGGCUCUUAACUUAUUUCUAAACAAUAAGUUUUCUGAAGCGCAGGAAAUAUUACGUCCAUGGGCAAAGGAGAGUAUGUAUCAUGCUCUUGGAUACAGCACCAUCUUAGUUAUGCAGGCAGCAAUGACCUUUGAGCCACAGGCAAUCCAGAUGGGUAUUGCCACAAUGAAGGAGGCAUUACAGACAUGUCAAAGGUUCAGAAAAAGAAACAGUGUGGUGGAAUCGUUAUCCAACCUAGUCUCCAAGCAGUCGGGAGAUCAGCUCUCAGAAGAGGAGAUGCAUGCUGAGAUCUGUUAUGCAGAGUGUCUCUUACAGAAGGCUGCUUUGACGUUUGUACAGGAUGAAAAUAUGAUCAACUUUAUCAAAGGUGGGCUCAAAAUCAGGACAAGUUACCAAAUAUACAAAGAGUGCCAUCAGGUUUUACUAUCCGGAAUAACAAUGGACAAAAACAACGCUGACACUCGGUAUCAGUUUGAAGGGGGUGUAAAGCUUGGCAUUGGAGCGUUUAAUUUGAUGCUUUCUCUUUUACCCUCGAGGAUUCUCAGACUCCUGGAAUUCAUUGGAUUUUCUGGCAAUAGGGAACUAGGCCUUUUACAGCUGCGAGAGGGAGCAUCCGGUGCCAGUUUGAGAGCCAUAUUAUGUGUCCUCACUCUACUGUUCUACCAUACCUAUAUUUCAUUAAUACUUGGAACUGGAGAAGGGAAUCUUGAAGAAGCAGAAACCCUACUUGAACCUUAUCUCAAGAAGUUCCCCAACGGUUCUAUCAUCCUGUUUUAUGAUGCCAGGAUUAAUGUUCUUAAAGGAAAUUUUGAAAAGGCACAGGAGAUCUUCCAGAAAUGUAUUGUAGCUCAAGAAGAAUGGAAACAAAUUCACCAUCUCUGUUACUGGGAGCUAAUGUGGUGCUAUUCAUUCCAGCAAGACUGGCUGCAAGCGUAUCGAUACGCUGAUCUGUUGUGCAAGGAAAGCAAGUGGUCAAAGGCAAUUUAUGUAUACCAAAAAGCUGCCAUCUUAAGCAUGCUUCCUGAUGAGGUUGCAAAGACCACAGGAGAAGAUAUAGUUGCUUUGUUCAGGCAGGUGGAGAGUUUAAAACAAAGAAUUGCAGGAAAGUCGAUACCAACAGAAAAAUUUGCAGUCAGGAAGUCUCGACGUUAUGCCUCAUCUAACCCUGUAAACCUGGUUCUGCCAGCCCUGGAAAUGAUGUAUGUAUGGAAUGGGUUUACAAUAGUUGGUAGAAGGUCAGACCUCACUGAAAAUUUGUUGGUCACUAUUGAAAAAGCAGAAACUGCCUUGCAGAAUGACAAAAACCAAACUGAAUACACUACAGAUGACCAGUGCCUAGUUCAGCUGCUGAAGGGUCUUUGCCUAAAACACUUGGGCAGAUUACUGCAGGCUGAGCUUUGCUUCAAUCAAGUAAUUCAAAGUGAAAAGCGAAUCAAAUAUGAUCACUAUUUACUUCCAUUUUCCUUUUAUGAAUUGGGAUUGCUGUACAAACAGCAAGGAGAUAAAGAUAAAGCCAUAAGAUUUAUUGAAUCUGCAAAAUUCAACUACAAAGAAUAUUCAAUGGAGUCAAGAUUGCACUUCAGGAUUCAUGCAGCUCUCAGCAGUCUAACUGAUACACCAGCAUUAACUCCGUAAUGAUCCAUUGAGUGAUGGCUGUGCAAUGUAUUGGGGUUUCAGCUGCUGGUGUCUAGUGAGAGAUGUGUUGACCGAACAGAGAUGCUCAGUCAGAUGAAUUUAAAUUCCAAUUACUGUUAUCCUCUGUGAUCCAAUCUGUUGUUUCAUGUAGCAAUUAUUUUCUAUGGUGAUUGUACUAUAAAAUUAUAAAUAUAUAUAAAAAUAUACACAUGUUCUAUACUUAGAAAACCGACCAUAAUAAAAAAAUAAUGUGGAUAUAUAUUUUGUUUCAUGAAAGAGAAUAAUUUAUGACUACUCUGACUUGAAUGAAAAUACUUUAAAAACAAUUAGUAAAAUCUGAUAUAAAAACAAUGUCUCAUGGUGUUUUUCAUUUAAAUUUUUGUAUAUUACGUUAAAUGUGUUAAAUGCGAGAUAUGUUGUAAACAUCAAAGAGCAGGAACAGUAUGCAUUAAAAAUAUUACAACAUA